AUGGCACGGAAGGGCCCUCGGAGCUUCUUGUCCCCUCCCUGGCUCUUGUGCGCGCUCAGCAAACAGCACAAGCGGCACUCGGCAGCUGGAGUGGCCCCAGCCUUCCCCGGCCGCCCGGGAUCCUAUAAAUACCCCCGGGCCCGCGCUGGCAAAGGGACAGGAGCGCACGGGGAGAUGGACGACAGCUCCAAAGAGGCGCUGAUGGAGGAGGCACCUCCGAGGUACACGGAGUCCCCGCGCCUGCCCUGCAUCCCCCACGAGCUCAAGAGCCUCUUGCUGAUGGUGGCCCUGGUGGUGGUGGCCCUCGUGGUGGUCAACGUCGCCUUCCUCCUGCUGGGGCUGCGCCUCAGCGAGUCCCACGCCGAGACGGUGUUGCGAAUGACCACCCACGGGCUGGAUGGCGACGGGAGCCCGCAGCAGCUCGCCGUGAGCAAGAAGGAGCGGAGCGGGACGUUCGCGGUGCGGGACGGGCACAACGGCUCGGCCGCGGUGGUGUACGACUACGGCAAGCUGCUGGUGGGAUACAGGUCCUGGCGCCGCCGCGCCUGCCUCAUCACCCGCCUGGACAAGGACAACUUGCCGGGGCUGGACGCUGUCACCGAGACCUUCCAGCGCCGGCAGGAUGAGGACGUUGGGGACAAGGCCAUGCCCCUGACUGACCGCUCCAUCCUGGGCACCACCAUCAACAUCCUCUGCAGCGCCGUGCCCGUGUUCUGGGUGUAGCAGCAGCUCCCAGCGGGAUGCGACAGCCACGCGGGGAUGUCACCGUCCCCCACGCCGCCUUCCAGGAGGGACAGCUGGGAACGCUUCCUCCUCCUCCUCCUCCUCCUCUUCCUCAUCCCCAUCCCGGGGACAGCCACCCCGCCCCGGGGGUGCUGCAUCCGCUGUCGCUUGGCACUGCGGCUUUCCCCCUGCUGUCUCCCUAAAAAAAAGUGGGAUUUGCUUUGGGAUUUGCUUCUGUCUACAAAGUAAAGCCUGUGUUCACCUCCAA